AAAGGAGUUGAUUGAAAUAUCGAUUCGUUCGUUUUUCGCACAUCACUACUAAUAAUACCACUGCCUCGAAAUUACGCAAUUGUUUGUGGAAAAAUUGUUUACAGAGAUGAACUAAAUUAUAACAGACUAUCUCCCCUACACUGAGGAAGACAUUUAUUAACCCCAUUUGUGUAACGGAAGGCUUUAGUAAAUUGUUUUGUCUUUAUUCAUUACAUAAUGUCUUAUUUAAAUAUCAAAGAUAUAUUCGUUCAAGGGUAAUAAAACUCUCUUAUAUAUACUCAACUAUAUAAACCUGCCUAUCAAAAAACCCUGCCAAAAUAAAAUAAAUUGCUCUCAUAGUAAUUGGAAAAAUAUAGAAAGUGCUUUCAAAAGGAUUAUUUCCAUGCAGAUCUUAUUCAUGGAAAAUAAAUGUGGAUGGAAAUUAUAAAAAAAAUAUUUUCUGACAGACAGUAAACAGAAUAUGUUUCCUGAAUGAUUUAUAUUAAUAACCUAUUCAUGCAGUGUAAAUGCUUCCUGACAGAAGGAAAAAUUAUUAAAGACAAAAUCAUUUUAUGUGAUAGUAACAUUCUUUGUCCGGACACUACCAGCAAAUAGUGUCUGUGUAAUGUGUGUCAUUGUGGUAAUGAUGUUCUAACACACAAAUAAUUUCAUGCAAAGAAAUGUAAUGCUUGUAGUUUAUGUGCUUGAGCUUCCAAGUGUAGUUAAUAAGUUGUUGCUUAGUACUCUGGUAGUGUAUGUCAUAUAAUUUUAUAAAGCAAACAAGAGUGACCAAUAGUUAAUACUUUUUUAUAAUUGCUAGAAAUUUAUUUCUUGCAGUACAUGUAAUCAGAAUUUUUCAUUAAAUUGUUCUCAUUUUUCUGCUCUUAGUUGAGAUACUUUGUUCAUGCAGCAUGGGCGAAAAAAGUUUUUCUCAGAAAAAUAAACUUAUUGAACAUAGUGUUAUUCAUCCUGUAAGAAAAGCUUAUUCUUGUUGUAUAUGUAAUAAAAGUUUUUUACAUAGAGGUAAUCUAAAUAAACACAGCCGCACUCAUACUGGUGAGAAACCUUAUUCUUGUAGUGUAUGUAAUAAGAAUUUUUCAGACAGAGGUACACUGACUAUACACAGUCGUGGUCAUACUGGUGAGAAACCUUAUUCUUGUGGUGUAUGUAAGAAGAAUUUUUCAGAUAGAAGUACACUGAUUAUACACUGUCGUGUUCAUACUGGUGAGAAAACUUAUUCUUGUGGUGUAUGUAAGAAGAAUUUUUCAGAUAGAAGUUCACUGACUAUACACAUUAGUGUUCAUACUGGUGAGAAACCUUAUCCUUGUAGUGUAUGUAAUAAGAGUUUUCUAAGAAAAGGUGAAUUGACUCAACACAAUCGUGUUCAUACUGGUGAGAAACUACAUUCUUGUGUUAUAUGUAAUAAGAGAUUCUUACGAAGAGAUGCACUUACUGCACAUGGUUAUGUUCAUACUGGUGAGAAACCUUUUUCUUGUGAUAUAUGUUAUAAGAGAUUCUCACGAAGAAGUACACUGACUAUACACAGUUAUCUUCAUACUGGUGAAAAACUUUUUUCUUGUAGUGUAUGUAAUAAGAGUUUUUCAAUAAGAGCUAAUUUGAAUCAACACAGUCGUGUUCACACUGGUGAGAAACCUUAUUCUUGUAAUAUUUGUAAUAAGAGUUUUUCAAUAAAAGAUAAUCUCACUGUACACAGUCGUGUUCAUACUGGUGAGAAACCUUAUUCUUGUGUUAUAUGUAAUAAUAGUUUUUCAGAUAGUGGUACACUGAAUAAACACAGUCGUGUUCACACUGGUGAGAAACCUUAUUCUUGUGUUAUUUGUAAUAAGAGUUUUUCAGCAAAAGAUAAUCUCACUGUACACAGUCGUGUUCAUACUGGUGAGAAACCUUAUUCUUGUGUUAUAUGUAAUAAGAGUUUCUCGCAAAAAGGUAAUCUGACACAACACAGUCUUGUUCACACUGGGGAAAAAUGUUUUUCUUGUAGUAUAUGUAAUAAGAGUUUUUCAAAAAGAGGUAGGUUAAAACAACACAGUCGUGUUCACACUGGUGAGAAACCUUAUUCUUGUGAUAUUUGUAAUAAGAGUUUUUCAAUAAGAGAUAAACUCGCUAUGCACAGUCGUGUUCACACUGGUGAGAAACCUUAUUCUUGUGUUAUAUGUAAUAAGAGUUUCUCGCAAAAAGGUAAUCUGACACAACACAGUCGUGUUCACACUGGUGAGAAACCUUAAUCUUGUGUUAUAUGUAAUAAGAGUUUCUCAAUAAAAGGUAAUCCGACACAGCACAGUCUUGUUCACGCUGGUGAACAACGUUAUUCUUGUGCAUAUAUGGCAGCGUUACUUUUAAAAAGUAACAAGUAAAAGUACAGGUAUUUUUCAAGAAAAGUAACGAGUAAAAAGUUCUUAUUUUAAAAAAUAACGAGUAAAAAGUAGAAGUAAAAGUACA